CACAUCAAAUUUCCUCUAAACAGUAGACACCUACUUUCUCUUGCCGUCUGGGUCUCAGAUUCUUGAAUAAUUCCUUAUUCCACCGAAUUGCUUUUUAAUUUUGAUCUCCUCCAAUCCCUUGGCUCUUCUUUUGUUUGUCUCUCUUGCUUUCUUUCUUUCUUUCUAUCUUUCUUUCCAUGGAGAACGACAACAGCAACAGCAACAGUAACAACGCCAAGGCGGCUACCGGGGGACCCAAACCAAACACCAACAACCACAAUAACGACGACGGCCAGGAGUACGAUGAGAACCCUAAUCAUACGAAUGCUGAGGAAAAACAAGAAGAAGAAGAACAUAGAGUAGAAGAAGAAGAAGAAGAUGAUGAUGAUGGUGGUGAGGAGAAAGAGGGACGUGGAUCCGACGUGGAGCAGCCUCCUCAGCCGCCGUCUCAGCCCUCGAGAACGCCCUUUACUAAUCUCAGUCAGGUCGAUGCUGACCUCGCUCUCGCUCGUACCCUUCAAGAACAGGAAAGGGCAUACAUGAUGCUUAGAAUGAACAAUGAAGGGAGUGAUUAUGGAAGUUGGGAAGCAGGAAGCUAUGUGCAUGAUGAUGAAGAUGAUUUUGAAGAUCCCCAUAAUGACACUGAUGGGGAUGAUGAUGAUGAUGACGACGAGGAGGCAGUGGAGAGAUAUGGAGUUGAUGUUGAUGAUGAUGAAGAUGCUUUCGAUGUGCAUGCUCAUGAAGAAGCUGGGGAGGAUAAUAACCCCAUUAUUGAAUUCGACCCAGCUGUGUUUUCAAGUGACGAGGCCUACGCAAGAGCCCUGCAGGAUGCUGAAGAGAGAGAAAUGGCUGCUAGAUUGUUCGCCCUUGCAGGGAUAAAUGAUCGGGAAGCUGAUUACAUAGAGGAUCAUGGUGGUAACUCUCAGGACACAUGGGAGGAGGUUGACCCCGAUGAACUGUCCUAUGAGGAGUUGAUAGCACUGGGUGAAAUAGUUGGGACGGAGAGCAGAGGGCUUUCCGCUGAUACAAUUGCCUCUUUGCCUUCAGUAAAUUACAAGUCAGGAAGCAGUCAGAAUGGAAGCAAUGAUUCCUGUGUCAUUUGCCGGUUGGACUAUGAGGAUGGUGAAACAUUGACAUUGCUUUCCUGCAAACAUUCCUACCAUUCUGAAUGCAUUAAUAAUUGGUUGAAAAUAAACAAGGUCUGCCCUGUUUGCAGCACCGAGGUUUCCAUAUCUGGCAACAGCUAGUAGAAUUUAUGGAUCUUCCUGUUCUACGUGUAAAAGACUAUAUAUUUGCAUUAGUUGGCAUAUAAUUUGGGUCAUGGCUCUUGUUUUGCUAUGCAUAUAGUUUUUCUCUGCAAUUGGAAGGAAUACAAAUGUGCCUGGUUGUAUCCAUGUUUCAAAGCAAACCCCAUAGUUGAAGCUAGUUUACUAUAUUUUUAUUAGAUAUGGCCUUUCUCUUUAACCACAGUUGAAGAUGGUUAGUUAUACAAAUCGAGAACUAGUAUACAUUGCUUGUGACUUUCUUUGCA